AUGGAUUUUGGCAGGUUAAUAUUUUCAAUUGAAAUAAGAAAUGGUGGUUACCUUACCUAUAUCAAUCGAGAAACAAAUACCACAAAUAAUGUGUCACUGAUGGGUAUCACGACAACUAGAAAUUACACAGUACAAUGGGAUCUAAAUCCUCCAAACUAUCCAUGUUUCCAAUUACUUGGCACAAACUGUACAACAACACCAAUAGAUAUACUAGACGUUACUCAUGAGAAUUCGAUACCGUUUACUUGGAAACAAUGGAGUGAUAAUCCGGCAGGUAUCGAAAGAUAUAAAUAUGAAGUUUUUCAUCUACAACCUUAUGGGAAUGUUCUACGGGAAUCAGAUUUAUUAUUUUCAUCUUACCGAACACCGGACUCUGAAUUAGAGAGUUGUUUUAAUGUUACCACACCAGGAAUGUAUUCCAUCUUAUUGACCGCUUUUGAUAAAGCCGGAAACUAUAAAUCUACCAGAUCUGUAUUCUUUUUCGAUAACCAGUCAUUUGUUGAAACAACACCUGGUACCAGAACGACUGUCCUUGAAAGCACAUUAGAUUCAAACUAUACUUGGGUAGUAUUUGAUACUAGUCUUUUGAAUGUAACAUGGGCUGGGCGGUUUAUGAAUGAAAGACACGAUGUUCACAAAUGGCUGAAUGAAAUAGAUACCAAUAAACAUAUUGACCAUGAUCAUGAUGAUAGGUUUGGACGUAGAACUGUACAAUGGUGUCCCAAUGUGAAAGGAAUUGUAAGAUUUGACAUCAACUAUACUGUUACUGGAGCAAAUAUUGAAUCACCAAUGGGUUACAUAGAAGUUCAAGAAACAUUAAGGGAAGCAUCCUUACUCAAUAUAUCCUGGGAAGAUGGAGAUAAACUUGAUAUCAGCGUAAAAGCUACUGACAUUAUUGGAAAAUAUACUGAGGAUAAGAUAACGAUUUACAAAGAUACUUCUUAUCCAGCUAUUGAAAAUCUUUGGUUGUCGUACGGUAACAAAUCAGAACUAUUCGUGCAUCGCCAACAAGAUCUGACAUCUAUGACGUGA